AUGAAGCACAUGAACAUAUGUGUCAAGGGUAUCGAUGAAGUUUCUCAAACUCAGAAGCAGUUGCUUAGCUCAAGUUUAUUGACUCCAAGCAUACCUCCAUUGCCUAUUUCCAAUGAAAUACCAUGGCUGGUGUCAAUGUCUGGAAAUUGCCAUGGCAUUAUAUUGAGUCGGUGGUGGAUACUUUCUACAGCUAACUGUCUGCAAAAGAUGAAACCUUCACACCUGAACAUUUCAAGAGUCAUUGACCCAAAUGGAAUCCUACAUGGCCAAAGAAUCUGCCUCCAUCCUAACUUUGAUCCCCAAAUCGGAGAACAUCCAGCCAAAGCAAAUAUAGGUGUUGUCCUUCUGGAAGAACCUAUCUAUGAACAUGAUGUGCCACUAUCUCAGCUUCCCAAUAUCACAUGGAAGAUCUGUUCUAAGUGCCAAUACAGACAGUGCCAGAUAUAUCAAUAUCAGGGUAUCAAUGAGUUUGGAAGCACAAGAGUGAAGAAGGUGUCAGUACAGUUGCUGGACCUCUCGAAGUGCCAACACCAACAUUCCCAUUUGGCUGAGACUGAAGGCUCAUGCAUUCAGAGCCAAGAGCAUCAAGGCUGCUGGGUACAGCAAGGCAGUCCUGUCCUAUGUCUUCUAAAGAGGCACUGGGAACUGGUGGGCCUGGUACAUGAGUCCUCAAAGAUGUGUCAUGACCCCACUGUCAUUAUCAGAACAGCCCCCUACUUUACCUGGAUGAAACAGUUCAUCAAGGCAUCCAAAAAGCGAUUGAUUCUUACUUCAUCCCUGCACUGCAAGACUUCAACUAGGAAGAUUCAUACAUUGAAGAUGGCACAUGGAUUCCUCUUCCAGCUGGUACAAUUGAGCCAUGGCAUUCCUCUUCUGAAUAUGAUGCAGCGAGAUCCCAAGAUCAAUCAGUGA